AUGGCGGCUGAAUUAAUCGACUUUUAUCAGAACUUUCUACGAACGGGAUUAUACAAUGGCGGAUAUGAUGAUGAACUUCUCGCUCUUGCAGGAGAUGAUUCUUCUGGAGAAGAACAGGUCGCAACAAAUGAUGGGGGAAGACACAGUUCUUCAUCGCCUGAUCGUAAUGGUGCGGUAAAGAGUGCAGCUAAGAAAGGUGGAAAGAAGGGGGGUAGACGAAAUGAUGAUUCUGAGGAAGAAGGUGAAGCUUCUUCCGGUGAUGAAUCUGUUCGUUCGGAACGAUCAGCUCCAAUGGAUGAAUCUGAUUCCGAUUCCGAUGGCCCAAGUUUUCGCGAUGAUGCUGAUCGAUAUCCUCUCGAAGGUCGUUUUAUGAAUGCAGCCGAUAAAGCAAGUAUUAUGUCUAUGCCUGAAAUUCAACGUGAGCAGGUCUUGGCUGAUCGUGCCCAAGAGAUUGAAAGGGACCGUCAAAAUAGAGCACUUCGUCAACUGUUAAAUGCCCGUGAUGCAGAGAAUAAAAAAGCGGACAAAAAGCGCAAGGCAGGUACCGCGGAUUUGGAGGAAAACCAGCGCAAAACGUCUCGUCAACGUACCAAGCUUGGUGGUGGGAAGGUUGGGGAAGCUAGCACUGGAAUUGACAGUCUUAAGCGUGCAAGAGCUGAGAAAAACGAUCGACAACGUCGUCGCGAUCAAGAUAAGGAGCGCCGUGGGGAUGAUGGUCGAAGAGAUACCCGGGACGAUUAUUCAGAUGACGAUGGUGAUGGGGAUAGUGAGGUUGAAUGGACAGCAUCAAAGUCAAAGAAAAGGUCUGCAUCUCCAGAUUACCGAGAUGCAGAACCGGCGGUUCUCUAUGAUCUUGAACGAGUUCGAGUUGGUAGAAGUAGAUUUGCCAUGGUCUGCUUUUAUCCUGGGUUUGAUGAAGCUAUUACUGGAUGCUUUGUUCGAGUAAAUAUUGGUGUUGAUAAGGAGACAAAUCAAAACCUUUAUCGCAUGGGACUUGUUAAAGGCUUCAAAGAAGAUAAACCAUACGCUAUGAUGUCUAGUAACGGAAAGCAAUUUUCGACAACACAAUAUGUGAUUGCUGCACAUGGUAAAUCUGAGAGAUCAUGGCCAUUUAUCGCAUGUUCAGAUUCUCGAUUUACAGAGGCUGAAUGGCAAAGAUAUAAGCAAAAUUGUAUCGCUGAUGGCAUACCUGUUCCGACAAAACCAAAGUUGAUGCAAAAGUGUGCAGAGAUUAAUGCUCUUGUUAACAGACCUUGGACUGAAGCCGAGCUACAAGAGAAGUUGAAGAAAUCCGGUGUAUUGACGGAAAAGUGGAAUGCAACCGAACGUGUGCGUCUUAACAACGCUAUCAAGGAACAGAAAGCCCUUGGCAAUACCGAAAUGGAAGAAAAGUAUCGUUCAGAACUUGAAGCGCUCGAGAAUUCCAAACUGGCUUAUGGAACCACCCUCAAAUCAACGCCGAAGAAGAUGGUUCACUCUCAACAAGACCGACUUGCCGAAUUAAAUCGAUUAAAUCGUCGCAAAAAUAUCGAGGAAGUACGUCAAGCGCAAAUCAAUGAACGUCGUGCAGCUCGACAGGCUGAAGCAGCGAUUGCUCGUGGAGAAGUAGUUGAUGAAGAUCACUCAAGGCGUGUCAAAACUCGUGCUACUUUCAAACAUGAUCAUACUGGAGGUAAGGAUAGCGCAACUGCUACUCCAGUUAGUGGUACUUCGACCAAUAAUACCCCUAAACUUGUGGCUAAGAAAGAUGCUUUACCGGUACCGAAUUUUAGUAAGCUACAAACGUCCAUGAAGGGUGGAGUUCCUGGAUUCAGAAAACCUUUGAUGGACGAUGAUAUUAUUGCUAGUAUCGAUAUUGGUAUUAGUGAUGAUUUAGAGUUGUAA